AUGUCGCCCGUCAAGGCCGAGGACCUGGUGCCGCACCCCUGCAGAGAGCAGUUCGCCGAGCUCGACUACUGCAUCACCAGCCCGCCGCCAUGGAUCACCACGGUGGUCGUCGCGUUCCAGCACUACCUGGUCAUGCUCGGCACCACCGUCAUCAUCGCCACCAUCCUCGUCCCCAUCAUGGGCGGCGGCCAUGAGGAGAAGGCGAUCGUGAUCCAGACCAUCCUCUUCCUCGCCGGGAUCAACACGCUCCUGCAGGUGCACUUCGGCACGCGGCUCCCCGCCGUCAUGGGCGGCUCCUUCACCUACAUCUACGCCGCCGUGGCCAUCAUCAUCAGCCCAAGAUACAUCCUCUUCAUCGGCGCCCCUUUCGAGAGGUUCGUGUACACCAUGCGGUCGCUCCAGGGCGUGCUCAUCAUCGCCGGCGUCUUCCAGGCCGUCAUCGGCUUCUUCGGCAUAUGGAGGGUCUUCAUAAGGUUCCUGAGCCCCCUCGCCGCUGUCCCCUUCGUCACGCUCUCCGCGCUCGGGCUCUUCUACUUCGCCUUCCCAGGGGUCGCCAAAUGCAUCGAGAUCGGUCUCCCGACGCUCGUUCUGCUCCUAAUAUUCUCAGAGUACGCGUCCCAUUACUUUGCCAAAGGGAGCUUCGUGUUCGGCCGGUGCGCGGUGCUGGUGACGGUGAUCAUCGUGUGGAUCUUCGCCGAGAUACUGACGGCGGCCGGCGCCUACGACGAGAGGAACCCCGUGGCGCAGUUCAGCUGCCGCACCGACCGCUCCGGCCUCAUCCACGCCGCGCCCUGGGUCAGGUUCCCUUACCCGUUCCAGUGGGGAUACCCCAUCUUCUGCGCGCAGGACUGCUUCGCCAUGAUGGCCGCUUCCUUCGCGUCCCUUAUUGAGUCUACCGGCACCCUAAUUGCAGUGUCAAGAUACGCAGGCGCGACAUUCGUCCCGCCUUCUGUUUUCGCUCGUGGAAUUGGCUGGCAGGGUAUAUCUAUCAUACUAGAUGGGAUGUGCGGCACGUUGACAGGCACAGCAGCUUCAGUUGAGAACUGCGGUCUACUGGCCUUGACGCGAGUUGGAAGCAGACGAGUCAUCAAGAUUUCCGCUUUGUUCAUGAUCUUCUUCUCGCUGUUUGGAAAAUUUGGAGCAAUUCUUGCAUCUAUUCCAUUGCCGAUUUUCUCUGCACUUUACUGUGUUCUCUUUGCUUAUUCAGCUGCUGCAGGCCUCUGCUUCCUUCAAUACUGCAACCUUAACACCCGAAGAAGCAAGUUUAUACUCGGCAUCUCCUUGUUCCUGGGGCUAUCCAUACCACAGUACUUCCGGGAGUUUGAGACAUUCUACGGCUUUGGACCAGCUCACACACGUUCACUGGCGUUCAAUGUCAUUGUCAACGUGAUAUUCUCCUCGCCCGCGACUGUUGCUGCCAUACUUGCCUACCUUCUCGAUUGCACGCACCUCUACUGGGAACCCCAUGUGAGGAGGGACAGGGGCUGGCUGUGGUUGGAGAAAUUCAAGUCCUACAGGCAUGAUGGCAGAAGCGAGGAGUUCUACGCUCUACCAUAUGGUAUGAGCAGGUACUUCCCCUCGCUCUAG